AAAUAAUUUGAGCACAGGUUUAGAAAGUAAAGUAAGUUCCCUCAACUCACCUCUUCAAUUAACGGACUCUGGACCAAUCAGGACCAAAUACCUGAACCAAAUACCUGGACCUAAUCAGGAGCCUCAAUGCAGGCUGCACGAGUCUUGUUGGUGGUGUGGACCAUGAUAACCCUCUCAAGAGCAGUGUUCACACCUUCUGAAGCCCUCGACAGGAGGGAUGGAGACUUUCUUAUCGUCGGCAUCUUCGAUAUCGGGAACUUGAAUGAAGAGGAAACAGAAUGUGAUCUGACAGUAUCAGAUGUAUACCCUUUAGAGAAAGCGCUCGUCUUUCAAGACUUGAUGCAGGGCUUUACUAGCGUGGACAACUACUCUAUCGGCUAUGAGAUCUACUCAGGGUGCCACGCCCCAUUCCUAGCUCACCAGAUCAGCAGCAGAGUGGCUCUUAACGAGAAAGUGGUUGGCUUCCUCGCUUCUGAUUGGGCGGUUAAUGUACGACCUUCUAUUGGAUCCCCAGCUUCUUUCUUCAUUCCCACUAUUGGAUACAUUUACUCAGAGGAUGCAUUCCUUGAAAAGAAACAAUACCCUACCUACCUGUCGCUGAUAGAGACCGAGGAAAUGGAAGCUCAGAGCAUCAUAAGUCUUUUAAAGUUUUUAGAGGCCAAAUACGUGGAUAUCUGGUAUAACACUGGUUCAGAAAGCGUUGCAAGAUACGUUUAUCAAAACUAUGUUUUGCAGAAAAGUGGAGGAAGGUACGUAAAGUUCGAUGGAAAAAAAGAUACUAAAGAUCACAAAGCUACUAAAUAUGACAAUGAGAAUUUCAAAAUCAAAGAUGAGUUUGAGGAAUACGACAUCAAUUCUAAGGUGCCAGAAGCGCCGAUACAACUUUUGCUUUUCAACGGGAACGAACACCAUGUAAUCCCAUUCCUAAACGAGACAAUACACACUAGAAAAUGGAAAAACAAGACGUACAUAUUCGGUUAUACCGUCUCAAGGGACCACUACCGCGAGGUUUCGAGAAAAAUCCUGGACGAUGAGAUAUUGGCAGAUGUGGAAAAUGAGAUUUUCAUUUACCUAAGAUCAGAAGUGCAGAACGCAGAUCUCCGCAGGCUACAGCUUGAAGGAGGUUUGCUCUACGAUCGAGCUAAAGCAGCCGAUGAUAGUCUAUCUCAGCACUACAACGAAAUAAGAAAAUGCAAUUUUGAUCACCCUGACAAGGACAUGGCUUCUGUUUGUGAAAACAAAAAGUCUUUUACAAGUUGGAUGAGUUUCGUUGCCACCGCAACACAGCUCUUAAUAAAUAACUUGGAGGUAGUACUGCCGGAAAUGGAGGGAGAUAUAAACAUAUUCGAUCUGAGAAAGAAACUCUUUGCAAGAGUGGAAUCAGGCAUACACGCAGUGCAAAUAUACGAUGAUUACUCUGUCAACAACAUCAGGUUCGUGAACAGCACACUUGCGAAAGGAUACGAGGUGAUAGAAUACCGCAGGAGAAUCACCAGCAGUGAAGAGGUGAAGAGAGGGGUUGUGUUCUACAACCACUCUCUCUCAGUACAGAGUCUUUUCCCCACCCUAAAAGAUAACGUGGGAGAGACAGGAGGAAGUGAGCCCUGUGCCCCUGACUGCCCUGCAGGGAGACACAUUGCUCUCAUGUCUCAUUACUCUGGGCUCACUAGCUGCUGGACCUGCAAUCCGUGCACUGCAUCCACUGUAUCGUCAGAGGUGAACUCAAAACAGUGUACUGAAUGUGAGGAUAAUGAAUAUGCUGCGGAGGGUAACACAGCAUGUAAACCCGUCCUCAAGAACUUCAUCUCUCUCAAGUCUCCCCAGUUUGUUCUGGGGCUGUGUCUAAGUGUGAUUGCCGUGGUGAUUACAGUAUCCACAGCAGUGUUCAUAUUCGUUCACAAGGACAGGCCUGUGAUAAAAGCAUCUGAUCACGUUUUCUGCUACCUAUUCCUCUCUUCUCUGUGCCUGGGAGAUAUCCUCACGGUGUUAACUCUUCUGGAACCUUCCACUCUAACCUGCAACGCAGAGUUCUACAUGUGUGCUCUCUUCGUGUGCUGUGUCUGCACCAACCUCUUCUACCGCUCUCUUAAGAUCUACAAGAUCUUCAUGACAGCAGCUAACUUCGACCUCAGACGCCCCUUUAUCUUCAAACUCCUCACUCGACCAGCUCAGUUUGUCAUUCUGGUGGUGAUGAUGGUGGUGACCGCUCUUCUGACCAUGGUCUCUAUAAUGCACAAGGGGUGGGAGUACCAGGAAGCACUGGAUCCUCACAUCAGUAUCCACAAAGUCUGCACCCCGGCCAACUUCCUAGCCACCUGUUACCCCUUCAUCAUCCCAUGUGUGUUCCUAGCUGCCACCCUUCUUAUAGCGUACAAAAUGAGGCUGUUCCCUCACAACUUCAAAGAAACCACCACUAUCUUCACCACCUGCCUGAUGAUCGUGGUUAUAUGCCUCAUGUUCCUCAGUGGGUAUUCUGUUUCAGAGCCUGCUAUAAAGUCCAUGUUGAGAGCAAUUGUGUUCUUUUCCAUCUCACAGAGCUUCCUGCUGUGUUUCUUCCUGCCCAAGAUUGUGGUUCUGUUGAAGAUGGACGAUCUGAUUGCAGGCGAGGACCUCAGUUCUGCUAUACAAACCUUUUGUGAGGCUGAUGAUAAAAGAAAGGAGAUCGUGGCACAACAGGAAUUAAAGAAGAAGGAGUCGGUGGUGGAAGAACUGUCAACGAAGUGAUUGAUGAGUUACAAAUAGGGAAGUAACUAUUUUCAAAUCGGAUUUAAUUUGCACAAAUAGUUUCUAUAUUGUGCCAAUUGAUUCCGACAGAACUAUUGGCCCAAAAAAAUGUGUUCGUCUCUUUGAGACGCAUCUUUUGAUUUGUGUAACUGGUUCAGUUUACAGAAUAUUGGGAGAUUAAAUUUGGCCUCUACACGGCCUCUAUAUAACCUCCAUACGGCCACUACUGCAGGCCUUUGAACUCCCAUGAAUUUCGAUAGUCGCGACUAUUGACUAAUUAAGGUCUUAUAGUUAUAUAAAUAUCAGCUAUUUAUACAGUUGCAUUUCAGUAAAGAUUGUAAAUAGUUGAAUAUGUACGAAUAAGAUUAUGUACAUAUUAUAUAGGGCAACUAGAACAAAUACCGGUGCAACAAUAAGACAACAUUAAGCCUUAUAUAGAUAUAUGCAAGUCUCUUAUAUUUUCAUGAAAACAUACGUUAAAAUUGAUUUUUCAAAUGUAUUCUAUGAUCCAUGAGAAAAGGUAAAAUAUUUGAGCCAUUUAAGUUUUCGUGUGUGAGUUUAUUGUGAGUUUUUAGAUGAAAUUGAAAAUUUCGCUAAUUAUUUUGAACCAGCAAUAUUUUAAGAAUUAAAUUAGGCCCAAGGGUCUCUUUUUGUUUCUUAUAUGUUGUAAUAAACUUAUAUCAGAUAAAUGUUAGCGAUAUAAAAAGUUUUUAAUUUGUCCGGAGAAAUAUUAUAACGUUAUUUCCAAUAUUUGUGCAUACAAUUCUGACUCAUAAAGACCUCGUUAUGACCGUUGGAGCAUUUUACUUCACCUGAAACAUGAGGCAAGGUUUAAUUUUUCCUCAAGAUCGACAUGUCACUGUCAGAAAAAUAAGUAAUCAAAAUACCUUAUCACAUGGCUUUUACUGACGCGAUUAACAGU